AUGUCGUUUAAGUUAGUAAUGUUUGGCAGACGGUUCUUUAGCUGCAGUGCAAGUCAGACGUUCAAGAGGAAGUCUUCACAUAACGAUGUGUUCAGAAUGUUACCUAGGGUACCCACGACGCAGUUCCUGGAGAGUAGGGAACUUACGCGUGAUAUACUGUUUAGUGGAUAUCGUCCUGUCAUGUACCCUGUGACUCAGAAUCCGUUGCUUGCAGAGAGGAAUCGAAAUGGUGAGACCACUCUGAUUAGUGAAGUAAUAGGGGAAAGACGAAAAGAAGAGCAGCAGAAUAAUGAUCACAAUUACUCGGUAAUGGCUGGGCCUCGAGGUUGUGGUGGUAUUCACUCGGGCGGCGUCAAUGGGACGUGGAGAUAUUCUCCCAAAUUGCCAAAUAAGCUCUUGCCAUAUAACAUUUGGACAACCACAAGCAUGGGAAUGGAGUAUUUUCCUGAAUGGUUGAAUUUGCCACGCCAGGUGGUCAGGAAAUUAAAGCCGUUCGAUAGACAUUGA